AACAGUAGCUGCCCUGCCUGACUCCUGCCUCCAGCAUGUCCGACCUGUCAAGGACUGUUCCUCAGGAGCAGCUCGUGUCCCAGGACCUGCUGCACCUCUCGCCAACGCCCGUGAUCAACCUUGGCCACCUCAGCCUUGAUGAUUCCGUGACGCGAUCUGGCGUGAUCAACCAAAUCGCCAGAGCAUGCCAUGAUCUAGGGUACUUCCAGGUUACAAACCAUGGGAUCAGUCAAUCCGUCAUGGAUUGUGCUGUUGAAGCAGCUUCAGAUUUCUUCCAACUACCAAGUGAGGCAAAGGAACAGUUCGCAUCACAGGACCUCCGCAAACCUGUUAGAUAUGACACCAGCUCUAAAGAUAGCAUUAGCAUGUCACGGGCAUUCCUAAAGCAUUAUGCCCAUCCGCCCAGAGACUGGAUUCAGUAUUGGCCAGACAAACCACCAAUCUACAGGGAAUACAUGGGAAAGUAUGCUGUUGAAGUAAGGAGGGUGGCUUUGCAUCUGAUGCAGGCAAUACUAGAAGGCCUAGGAUUGGGCAAGGAAUACAUGAACGAGAAAUUUCAGCAAGGCUCACAACUACUGUCAGUGAACUGCUAUCCUAAAGCAUCACAAGACGCCAUGACUAUAGGGCUGGCUCCACACUCUGAUUAUGGAUUUCUUACCAUCUUGCUCACAAGUUGCCAGGGCCUUGAAGUUGUUGACCGCAGCAGCAACAACUGGAAAACAGUCCAGCAACUUCCGCAUGCGUUGCAUGUCCAUGUAGGAGACCACAUGGAAGUCCUGAGCAAUGGUCAAAUCAAAACAGUUGUGCACCGUGCUGUUUUGAAUCCCGAAGAAGCAAGGAUUUCUAUAGCAAGCAUUCAUGGUUUUGAGCUACACGAGAAGGUCGCCUGUGCCAAGGAGCUUGUGGAUGAACAAAAUCCCCCAAAAUACAAAGAGAGCAGCUUUACUGACUUCCUCGACCAUCUCACAGCUAAUAUGGACAACAAGAACAGGAAUUUUCUUGAAAGCCUCAGAAUGUAAGGACUAGAAGCCCUAAUUUGGUACAACCUUAACUACAAGUCCAAAAGGUGGUAAGACAACAUCCUAUGUCUACUUUAGAGUUCAGACUAAUGCUCUAAACUUCUAUGUCCUUGUUGCUUUGAUAAAGAGGUGCUAACUUCGUCAUAUUGGGGAUAUGUAUGUAGUUCUGGUAUAAAAUUUUAAACCAUCCAAUCAUGCAGGUUAACUGGUGCGUUGAUAUCUGAGAAAGCAGAUCGAGCUAAGGUUUACUGUCACAUGUUGAACUGAAGUGUCCAUGUAUUUUUUUUAACGAAAUGAAGUGUCCAUGUAAUAUUCAAUAAAGCCCUGUAUGUGGCUGCUGGUG